AGGAGUUUGAAUCAAAGCCCAUGUCCCAUUCUAUAAAAUCAAUAAGAAAAUGGGUAUAAUUUUCUAUUAGCAAUUCCUCAAGACUCCCAUUUCUUGCUUCUCUGUAAGCAUUUGGCCAUGGAGAAGAACUGUGGGAGGAGUCUUUUGACAGCAUUAGCAGUUUGCUUUUGCUUCACCAUUGUGAAUGUGAAUGGUGGGCAUAUAAAGCUGAAGGAGAAGGUGACCCAUUUGGAGUUCUAUAUGCAUGACAUUGUCAUAGGUAAGAAUGUCACAGCAGUUCAAGUGGUACCAGAGAAGCCUGUGAAUUUUUCUUCAGGGGCCCCUGCUUUUGGGUCAGUGUUUGUGAUGGAUGACCCACUAACUGAAACAGCAGAGAGAGAAUCCAGGGUGUUGGGCAGAGCACAGGGUUUGUAUGCCCUGGCUUCACAGGGAGAAUUCAGUCUGUUUAUGGCUCUCACUUAUUCCAUGGAGACAGGCAAGUACAAAGGCAGUUCUCUCAGUAUUGUGGGGAAGAAUAUGAUCUUGAAUGGGCAGAGGGAGUUUCCUAUUGUGGGAGGAAGUGGGCACUUUCGUAUGGCAAGGGGCUAUGCAUUUGCUCACACCUAUUCCAUUGAUGGUCCCAAUGCAGUUAUUGGGUAUAAUGUCACAGUUUUCCAUUAUGGACAUUAGGUCUAUUGGGACAUAUUUUUACAAGGUUUUAAGAUGUUUUAUUGGAUUGUGUGCGUUAGAUUUUCACAGUCUAUUUAUUUGGAUUUAUCAAGUGUUGUUCUGAUAGGCAGUGGCUAUUCUGGCUUAAAAAACGCACUAGCGUACUACAGAAAGUCGCAUAACACACAGUUACGGAUGCAUUGCAAACCGUUGAUCACGAAAACGAUGGCUGUGACUAAUCGAGGGUGCGCAUAACACGAAUGUUUUUGGAGCCAGAAUAGCUGUGUCCAUUUUGAUAUUAUGUAGAAGUUUAUGUGUUGCGAAUGAGGUGAGUUUUAAUUACUAUGAUGUUUCUAUUGGUUUUGAUUCAUAGGAAUUGAUAUGAGCUCUUUCAUCUU